AUUUUAGACCCCCGGCCCCCCUUCCUCUCUAGGCUCCCCAUCCUCCCCUCCCAGCCUGCCCCACUGAUGGCUCAAACUGGCUGGGGCUCAGAGGGAGAGGACGGGCUGGGGGACCUGGGGCGACCCCGCGGGGAGGAGCUGGGGACCCUCUCUGGAGGCUGGCAGUCUUGGAUUGAGGAGAACCCUCCUCCAUCACUCUGGGGGCCUGCCCAGGGAGCCACAGCUCCAACCACAACCUCCUUUGGGGUUUGGCCGACAGAGCUGAGGCGGAUGAGCCCCAAACAGCCCUGGCAGACUCCCCCAUGACCCGCCCGCACCCCUGCCUCUGGGGCACAGCCCAGAGAGUAUAAAACGGCGCUGGAAGCUGGGAGAAGCAGACUGGCCAAGUCCACGCAGCCGCUGACAGACACACCAUGAGAGCCCCCAUGCUCCUCACCCUGCUGGCCCUGGCCACACUCUGCCUCGCUGGCCGGGCAGAUGCAAAGCCUGGUGAUGCAGAGUCGGGCAAAGGUGCAGCCUUCGUGUCCAAGCAGGAGGGCAGCGAGGUGGUGAAGAGACUCAGGCGCUACCUGGAUCAUGGGCUGGGAGCCCCAGUCCCCUACCCAGAUCCGCUGGAGCCCAAGAGGGAGGUGUGUGAGCUCAACCCUGACUGUGACGAGCUAGCUGACCACAUCGGCUUCCAGGAGGCCUAUCGGCGCUUCUACGGCCCGAUCUAGAGCUUGCAGCCCUGCCCACCUGGCUGGCAGCCCCCAGCUCUGGCUUCUCUCCAGGACCCCUCCCCUCCCCGUCAUCCCCACUGCUUUAGAAUAAACUCCAGAAGAG